AUGGCCGAGUCUUUGGCGUCGCGCGAUUUUAAACCUUCCAAGGACUUCUCUGCGGACGCCGAUCAAGAUGAUUUAAGCCGGGAUUUGUCACCCGUGUUCCCGCUACUCAAUAAUGACGAGACUGCCAAAGCUCUAUCCUCCGACGCCGCGACGCAAAACCAACCUGGAGAAGACGAUGCCGACGACGAGCCCGCAGUCGCGAAACCCUUCGUCCGGACUUCGAGUCCUGAUUCUGCUGGCCGUGUAGCCGAUACAUACGACGAGAUGGGCCUCGAUCGCUUGGAUCGCAAGAUGCACAAGUUCAGCCUGUACGAGACGGCCACACGCUAUUAUAUUGUCGGUGGUGAUGUGACAGAGCAGCGAUACCGGAUUCUCAAGAUCGAACGUACAGCAGACGACUCGGAGUUGAGCAUUACUGAUGACAAGAUCAUCUACAGCCAAAAGGAGAUGAACCAACUGUUGGACACAAUUGACGAUGGGAACAAGGGCACUGGAGGCAUCAAGCUGCGUUGUACGGCCUGGGGGUUGCUGGGUUUUAUCAAAUUUACGGGGCCUUACUACAUGCUCUUGAUCACGAAAAAGAGUACGGUUGCCAUGAUUGGGGGGCAUUACAUUUAUCAAGUUGAUGGCACAGAGUUGGUGCCGCUCACACCAAAUCGAUUCAAGGCCGACGUCAGAAAUACUGAGGAAUCCCGCUUCCUCGGCAUUCUCAACAAUCUAGACCUUACUAGGUCCUUCUAUUACAGCUACUCAUACGACAUUACACGUACUCUCCAGCACAAUCUCACAAGGGAGCGCGAGGCGCUUGCCCGUGGACUUCCGGGGGCCAUGGAUGACUUCAAUGGCAUGUUUGUGUGGAACAGUUAUCUUCUGCGACCGGCGAAGAAGGCCCUCAAAGACCCCUUUGACUGGUGCCAUCCCAUCAUUCACGGCUAUAUUGACCAGGCUGCUCUGUCGAUAUACGGCCGCACUGCAUACAUCACCAUUAUUGCCCGCCGAUCCCGCUUCUUUGCUGGAGCUAGAUUUCUCAAACGUGGAGCCAACGACCUAGGUUAUGUCGCCAAUGAUGUCGAGACAGAACAGAUAGUUUCAGAGGCUUUAACUACGUCGUUUCAUGCUCCAGGACCCAGGCUCUUCUCCAGCCCGCAGUACACCUCGUAUGUCCAGCAUAGAGGCAGUAUUCCUCUAUACUGGACACAGGACAACACGGGUGUGACGCCGAAGCCACCGAUCGAGCUGAACCUAGUCGACCCAUUUUAUAGCGCAGCUGCCCUUCAUUUUGACAACCUCUUCGAACGUUACGGUGCCCCCAUCUACGUACUGAACUUAGUAAAGGCCAGAGAGAGAACACCUCGAGAGUCUAAGUUGUUGCUGGAAUACACCAAUGCCAUCAACUAUCUUAACCAGUUCUUACCCGAGGGUCGUAAGAUCAUCCACAAGGCUUGGGACAUGAGUCGAGCGGCAAAGAGUCGGGACCAGGACGUUAUAGGCACCCUAGAACGUAUUGCCGAGGAUGUGGUCACCACCACAGGUUUCUUCCAUGACGGCGAUGGGAAGGUGUACCCGACGAGUGUCCAGAAUGGCGUUGCCCGGACCAACUGCAUUGAUUGUCUAGAUCGCACCAAUGCGGCGCAAUUCGUCAUUGGCAAGAGGGCCCUAGGGCACCAGCUUCACGCGCUUGGCAUUCUUGAGGACACUUCCAUCAACUAUGAUACGGAUGCUGUUAAUCUCUUCACCCACAUGUAUCAUGACCAUGGCGACACUAUAGCUGUACAGUACGGAGGAUCCCAGCUUGUCAACACCAUGGAGACAUAUCGCAAAAUCAACCAGUGGACAAGCCAUUCCCGCGACAUGAUAGAGAGCUUCAAAAGAUACUACAACAACUCGUUCCUCGACGGCCAGCGCCAGGAGGCGUACAACCUAUUCCUCGGCAACUACAUAUUCGCCCAGGGGCAACCGAUGCUGUGGGACCUUGCAACUGACUACUAUCUUCAUCACGCUGACCCGCGUGCGUGGUCCGAGAAGACGAAACGAGACUACAUCAACUGGUACACUGCGGAAAACUUGCAAGAAAGGAGGUUUCCGACGUACAGCCCGCCUCCCGGCGAGGCAAGAAAGAUGCCAGUGUCGUUCUUUGAUGAUUAUUGGGUUGAGUACUACCGGCCGUCCACCCUCUCGUCGUUCCUCAAGAUGUUUCCUUACAAGAUGAACUCGACCAUCAAGUACAUACCCUUCAAGUCCACACAAGAUGGUCGCUAUGAUUUGAGUCCUUUCAGGGUCCGUAACGAGACAGAUAUGGACGCCUAUGAGAAGAAAAAGCCUAAGAAAGAGGUGACAAUCGUCGACCCGCAAGAUCUGAAGUCUCCUCGGGAUAUGGAGGCAGCAUCCGUCAUAUCAGACCGCACGACGGGUGGCAAAGGUAUCUCCAUUCACCGCUGGCUCCAGCCUAUGCAGGAUAGAGUGACAGGGCAUCAUGGAAUCAUGAAGGAAACCCAGGCAGAACCGCAAGGGUCCCCCAAGACCAAGCCUACAGCACAGGAAAAGACAAAAGCUGCCCAGUGGACGUUCACCAAGGCUGUUAAUGAGUCUCUCAAUCCAUCCGUCAGCCAGCAAGAAGCUGUGGAUUAUGAGCGCUACAUCAGCCAUCCUCAGAACCUACCCUUGGUGGUCUCGGCUGAGGUCCAGGCUGAAAACCAGUCCGAAUAUCAGCAUUAUGUUCAGAGUAGCUGGCAGAGCGAUGCUAUCACCCCCGUUGGCGCCGAGGAGGACGUUGCUGUUUACGCUGAGCUACUCAAAGUCGGGAGCAACCCUCUUACCGUCACCGAAGAAGAUUCUCAGAAGAAGCGCUACAAGGCAUAUAGGAAGUGGCUGCGCGGCAAGUCCUUCUUCAAGCAGCAGCCAAUCGAUUGA